AUGUAUUUCAGUCUAUUCUUCUCUAUCUAUCUAUCUAUCUAUCUAUCUAUCUAUCUUAGACUGUUAAUAUUUAUCUCAAUCUGUUCUUAUCUAUGUAUUUCAGUCUAUUCUUCUCUAUCUAUCUAUCUAUCUAUCUAUCUAUCUAUCUUAGACUAUCUUAAUAUUUAUCUCAAUCUGUUCUUAUCUAUGUAUUUCAGUCUAUUCUUCUUCUCUAUCUAUCUAUCUAUCUAUCUAUCUAUCUAUCUAUCGAUCUUAGACUUCUUUCUUCUCAUUCUAUCUAUCUAUCUAUCUAUCUAUCUAUCUAUCUAUCUUAUCUAUUCUUAUCUGUCUAUCUGGAUCUAUCUAUCUAUCUAUCUAUCUAUCUAUCUAUCUUGGACUGUUAAUAUUUAUCUCAAUCUGUUCUUAUCUAUGUAUUUCCAGUCUAUUCUUCUCUAUCUAUCUAUCUAUCUAUCUAUCUAUCUAUCUAUAUCUAUCUAUCUUAUCUGUUCUUAUUUAUCUCAAUCUGUUCUGAUCUUAUCUAUGUAUUUAAUCUAUUCUUCAAUCUAUCUAUCUAUCUCUUCUGUAUCUAUCUAUCUAUCUAUCUAUCUUAGACUGUUAAUAUUUAUCUCAAUCUGUUCUUAUCUAUGUAUUUCAAAUAUUCUUAUCUAUCUAUCUAUCUAUCUAUCUAUCUAUCUAUCUAUCUAUCUGUCUUAUCUGUGUAUUUUUAAACAAUCUGUUCUUAUCUAUGUAUUUCAGUCUAUUCUUCUAUCUAUCUAUCUAUCUAUCUAUCUUAUCUAUCUAUAUAUCUAUCUUAGACUGUUAAUAUUUAUCUCAAUCUGUUUCUUAUCUAUGUAUUUCAGUCAUUUUCUCUCUAUCUAUCUAUCUAUCUAUCUAUCUAUCUAUCUUAAACUUCUAUUCUUCUCUAUCUAUCUAUCUAUCUAUCUAUCUAUCUAUCUUAGACUGUUAAUAUUUAUCUCAAUCUGUUCUUAUCUAUGUAUUUCAGUCAUUUCUUCUCUAUCUAUCUAUCUAUCUAUCUAUCUAUCUAUCUUCUAUUCUUAUCUAUCUAUCUAUCUAUCUAUCUAUCUAUCUAUCUUAGACUUCUAUUCUUAUCUAUCUAUCUAUCUAUCUAUCUAUCUAUCUAUCUAUCUUAGACUGUUAAUAUUUAUCUCAAUCUGUUCUUAUCUAUGUAUUUCCAUCUCUUAUUCUAAAAUCUAUCUAUCUAUCUAUCUAUCUAUCUAUCUAUCUAUCUAUCUAUCUUAG